CCAAUCUCUUAAAUCCUUCGCCGACCCUUGAAGCAUCAUCAUCGACGUCGCCCCUCCAGCCAUAUAAACCUCUCACGAAGCAACAACACGAGCAGAGCGCAACCAAGGAAGGAGGAGCUCUGGCCAUGUCGAGCCCGGUGCACGCCCGCAAGGCCAUCCACACCUUCUCCAUGAAGGCGGCCAAGCUGCAGAGCUUCCUCGGCCUCCGCGUCCUCCUCGCCGCCGCCCUCGCCGCCUUCCUCCUCCUCUUCUCCGCCCGCACCCUCUUCCCCUCCUCCACCAACCCCCCCUCCUCCCACGCCCUCCUCCACGGCGGCGGAGAGUCCUGCGGGAAGCUGCCGGCGGCGGUGGCGGAGACGCUGGUCCACUACGCCACCACCAACACCACGCCCCAGCAGACGGCGGCGGAGAUCGGGGUCUCGCUCCGCGUCCUCCAGCGCCGGUCCCCGUGCAACUUCCUCGUGUUCGGGCUCGGGCUCGACAGCCCCAUGUGGGCGGCCCUCAACCACGGCGGCCGCACCGUGUUCCUGGAAGAAGACGCGUCGUGGAUCGAGUCCGUCCGCGCGGCCCACUCGGGGCUCGACCUCGAGUCCUACCACGUCCGCUACGACACCCGCCUCACCGACGCCGACGACCUCCUCGCGCUCCGCGACCACUCCGACUGCGUCGGCGCCGACCUCGACGCCGGCCCGGAAUCCUCCUCGUGCAAAUUGGCGUUGAAGGGUCUGCCGGCGGUGUUCAGGGAGGUGGAGUGGGACCUGAUCAUGGUGGACGCGCCGACCGGGUGGACGCCCGAGGCGCCGGGGAGGAUGGGCGCGAUCUACACGGCGGGGAUGGCGGCGCGGGCGAGGCGGCCCGGGGACGGCGCCACCGACGUGUUCGUGCACGACGUCGACCGGAGCGUGGAGGACAGGUUCUCCAAGGCGUUCCUCUGCGAGGCCUACCUCGAAGAGCAGGUCGGCCGGAUCCGCCACUUCGUUGUUCCUUCUCACCGGGAGAAGCCCGGCACGCCCUUCUGCCCCCAGAACUGAAACUCCUGAUCAACUUGAUCAACUGUUUUACCCAUUUUACCCCUCGAACUGCCGCGACGCCAUUGGAGGCGACGGGCGUAGCUUGUUACCACUACUACCGUGGCCGUCGGAUCGAGAGACGGACGCUCGCGAUCAAGCGCAGGAGGGAGAUCAGAGAUGGGUGUGGAGAUUAUUUUUUUUCUGUUGGUUCUUCUGCGGAUGCAAUCGUGUUACUAGCGGUUGGUUGGAUGCACGAUCCGACGGUGCGGCGCGGCCUUGGGCAAAUAUGCUGUAGAUUAUCUCUACCAUCACUUCGUCAGGGGAUCUAUACUAUACAUGUUGUUCUUCUCUUGUUUAUUUCCAUUAGUCUUUUUUUUUUUGCAAUAUAUUUUCUCUUUAUUUUUUGGGUUCAUGGUUUAAGUAAGGAGAUGUAUGUGGAAUUAACGAGGGGAUGAUAAUAAGAUUUAUUUCUUUGCAUCAAUGAUUAAUAAUACUGUACUAUAGGAUGAUAAUAAGAUUUAUUGUUUGGAUCAA